AACACUGCUUUCACUUUCCGUUUUGUCAGAAAACAAGUAUUCGGAAUCUAUUGAACUUACUACUUGUUUUUAAAUACUAGCAUUAUUCAUUUAAACAGAAUAAUCAUGUAAACAAAAUACGUCGAGGCAUCUGGAUUUACGAGAUCAAAUGAAAUUGCCUUAAUCUCGAGACGAUGACGCUGUCAGAACAGUUUGAGGAAGUCAGGAGCCGGGCCGAGGAGUGCUUAUCUAGACCUGGUUCUACUCAGGACAUCAGGAACGCAGUGUCUGCUGUGGCCAACAUCUCUCUGCCACCUUCAGCUAAAUAUCGCUUUAUUGCUGCAGAGACCAUGCUGGUAGAAAACAGUGCUGGAAGCAACAAGACAGAGGCAAUAGCAUCACUUCAGAAACUGUCCACAGCGCUCAACAUCCUGGAGAAGUACGGCUCCAACCUGACCAGUCCAAACCGGCCAAAGUUCUGGCGUACGGUGAAACACAACAACCCCGUGUUCAAGGCCACGGUGGACGCUAUUCACGGUGGGCGGGCCGUCUUGUGCCUUUAUGGCUACACCAAUCAGCAGAUGGAUGGUCUGAGCUUUCCAGAUGACAUCACAGAGCCGGAUGUCACCAAAGUGGCAUCAGUGACACUGGAGGUCAUGAGUCUGCGUAUAGAGUUGGAUAUGCUUAUCAAGGACACCCAUCCUCACCCAGAGUUCUUUGAGAGAAUCAUCCCGUCUCUCACUCAGAAGGAUGACGAUAACGGACUGAGCUCAGAUGCUGUGGAGAUACCUCCGUCCAGUGAGAGGCUGUGGGAAAAAGUCUCUCUGCCCACUCUGUCCACAGGCCCCCUGUCCGUCUCCACCAUCACACCCCCCAAGCCAACAGCUGUCUGUGAAGAGAACUGCAGCAUAUGUGGGAUCUUGCGUGUGGCAUUCCACUGCACCACGUGCUCCCAGCGUCUGUGUGUAGAAUGCGACCAACUUUACCACACGCACCCCGCUCGUGCCAAACACACCAGAGUCCCUGUGGUGGCCCCCAGAACCGUCAAAACACUCAGCACGUCUCUGGCCUCGUGGAAUUGUUCGUACUGCACGACGGUGAACACAAUGCAGCAGGUGUUGUGUAAUACCUGCGAGCGCCCUCGUCUGGCCGCAGCUGCCCCGGUCAUACAGGACGAUCCUCCACAGCCGUCUACAAUUACAGAGUGGCAGUGUAAGAGCUGCACAGUGGUGAACUCCGGCAGCAGUAUUCUGUGCGAGGUGUGUGAGCGCCCCCGUCUGGCCACACGCCCUCCUGUGACGCCUUCUCGACCCACGCUGUCUCCAGCAGGACUUUUCGACACAGGGCAGUGGAUCUGCCAAUUCUGCACUUACGCCAACCAAACUCCAUCACCCCGAUGUGAAAUGUGUGACCUGGUAAGAUCAGACCCCGCCCCAUCGCCUUCUAAACCCCUCCCAACUUCCCAGAUUAAGGAUGUGACGCCGAAAAGUCCUCCAGUGGAGGAUCCGGAUUUAAAGAGGCAGAAGUUAAUGCGGGAGGAGGGACUUAAACUGAUCAAGCUGAUUCGAGAAGGCGAGGUGAAGGGUGUGAGCCCCGAGGAGAUAUAUACGAGUCUGCGGGUUUCGGGCGGCAUGAGCGGGACACCAUGUGAUUGGCUGAAGACGGAGUUGCCGCACAGGCUGGAUGAGAUCUGCGCCAUGGCAGCCUCGUUCCAGCAUGAGCCCAAACCUCUCCAGACAACAGCCGCACAACACGGCGAGGUCCAGAAGAUCUCUGUGCCUUUAUCCAGAGCCGAGGCCAAGCAGGCCUGGCUCGCAGCAUGUGGCAACAGUGAGAAAGCGGCGAGGCAGGCACUCAGGGACCGCAUCGCUAGGGUGAAGGAGCUAGCCUCUCUCGGCUUCCCCGACUCUCGCGCCUGUGAGGAGGCUUUGAGGCAGAGCGGUGGUGAGGUGAGAGGUGCCCUGGUGCUCCUACAGCGUCCCCUGCUGGAGCCUUUUCACAAGCGCAUGUGGAGCGACGAACCCGAACCCACCAUCGACAUCGACCACCCCGACAAACAGCGUGUGUGUCGUCAACUCCUCGCCAUGUACAAUCUGCCCAGUUGGGGGCGCUGUGAGCUAGCUCUGUCUCUGUUGCGUGACCCUGGUGCCCCCUACACGCUGGAGGACGUGGUACAGGCUGUGCGUGAGUCACAUGACCGUGACUUUAUCCGUCGUGUGUUGGCGAAAGAGUGUCCUAUAUGCCUGUCCUUGUUUCCCCACAGCAAGAUGCAGUCUCUGACGUCGUGUCAGUGCUCCGUUUGCUGCGAGUGUUUUAAGCAGCACUUCACCAUCGCCGUGAGAGACAAACACAUCAGGGACAUGGUGUGUCCUGUGUGCUCCGAACCUGACAUCAACGACCCCGAGCACCUCAACAGCUACUUCUCCACUCUGGACAUCCAGCUGAGGGAAUGCCUGGAGCAGGAGGUCUAUGAUCUUUUCCAUAAGAAGCUGACUGAACAAGCUCUCAUCAAAGACCCAAAGUUCCUCUGGUGCAGCCAUUGCUCAUACGGUUUCAUCUACGAUGGAGAUCAGCUCAAGGUCACCUGUCUGCAGUGCCGGAACAGCUUCUGCGCUCAGUGCAAAAAACCUUGGGAGGCUCAGCAUGCUGGCCUGUCAUGUGAACAGUUCCAGUUGUGGAAGCGUGAGAACGAUCCAGAAUAUCAGCGCCAGGGUUUGGCUGGUUACCUGCGUGACAAUGGAAUCACAUGUCCUAACUGCAGGUUUCAGUAUGCUCUGGCUCGUGGAGGCUGUAUGCACUUCAGCUGCUCUCAGUGUCGCUAUCAGUUCUGCAGUGGAUGCAACAACCCCUUCCACACGACCUGUGCGGUGCCUCAGUGCAGUGUGACUGGUCUUCAUGCUCAUCACCCCAGAGACUGCCUGUUUUACCUGCGUGACUGGGAACCAGCCAGACUGCAGGCCUUACUACAGAAAUGUGUAGUGGCCUUUAACACUGAUGUUCCUCCAGGAACACAAACAGGUGUGUGUGGUGUGAUCGAGCAGAAGGAUGACGGUACCCGUCAGACAGACUCGGCGUGUGGAGCUCAGACUCAGCCCGGACAGGCGGGACUCUGCGAGAAACACUACCGCGAGUACCUGGUGAGUCUCAUCAACGGCCACUCCAUCGACCCUGCCCCUCUGUUCGAAGCCAAUGAGCUGCUCCUGGCCUGCAGGAGAUACCAAGUGGAGCUCAUUCAGGGGGAGGCAGAGGAUGACAGGAUGUACUACACCCGACUGCUCAAGAAACUAAUGGACGAGGUUCCUCUGGGUGAUAAAGUCCCACGCAAGAAGUGAAGAACGAUUUUCACCCGGAUUUUACCUCGACUUUUAUCAUCUACGUGCAUACACACUGCUCUGCCAACCCAUCUUCAGCGCAGUGGCGAGCGUGGAAUAUUUUUAAAAAUGUUUUUAGAGAUCACGGAUGACGGAUUUUAAAGCAGCAUUUUUUUUUCAGACAAUCUCUCUCUCUCUCUCUCUCUCUCUCUCUCUCUGUGGGUUCAGAAAUGGUUACGGUUUGAAGUUCUGCUAUUUCUCAUCGAUUCACUGAUUAUUACAUGAUGUCUAUGCUAAAGUGAUGCUUUUGCCCCCACAUAAAUGUCUAUUUAAAUAAUCUAUUAAAGCUACGGUAAACAAAA